GAUCCGGAGACGGAUGGAAUGGAUGGCGGGGAAUUAGAAAGUACUGAAAAUAGUAAUUGGACUUUAGUGGAAAAUCGUAAAAGGAAAAAAAUGAGGGAUCAAACAUCUGGAUCAGAUAGUGAAAGAGAAAGGAAACAGAAGUCGUCAAUUGCUCAGCACAAACAGAAAGUCGAACAGAAAGAAUCAGAAUAAUCCUGAGGGCAGCUGGGAAAUAUUUGGAUGUGGAAGGAGUAACGGUGGAACAAGUAAAUGAGAAAUUAAAGGUUCAGAUCUCAAAUACACAAACAGCAUGUGGUGGAUCUUAAUGGUCUUAAUUAUUCUUCAGUGGAAUGCUAGAAGUUUGAUAGAAAAUGGUCAGGAAUUUAAAAAAUGUAUUUCAGAUGGUAGUUUUACACCUCAGGUAAUUUGUAUUCAAGAAAUUUGGCUCAAACCACACUUGAAAUUUGUUUUACAAGGAUACACAGCAGUUAGAAGGGACAGGAAAGUUGGAAAUGGUGGUGGAGUAGUAACAUUCAUUAAAACUGAUAUAGCCUAUAAGCAAGUGAAUGUAAGGGAAGAAUGUGAAUCAGUGAUAGUAGAAGUUUGGUCAGGAUCACAAAAAAUUAGAAUAAUCAAUUUUUAUAAUCCCUGUAAAAGAUUAAAUAGUGAAACACUGACAAAUAUAGGGGGAGAAGGUAGCCAUAGUGAGGUGUGGUGUGGUGAUUUUAAUGCACACAAUACAUUAUGGGGUAGUGAGCACACAGAUCAUAAUGGAAGAGCAGUGGAAGAACUCUUAGAAAUGAAAAAUCUAGUGUGCAUUAAUGAUGGGAGUUAUACUAGGUUGGAUAUAUCCAAAAGUAAAUAUUCAGCUAUUGACUUAACAAUUAUGUCCGAAUGUUUAGCUAAAGAUAGUGUGUGGAAAGUAUUAGAAAAAAAUUUAAUAGGAAGUGAUCAUUUUCCUCUUUAUUGUAAAAUAGGAUUAGAAGUUUCAAAAACAGACAUAGAAAGGGUUCCUAGAUGGAAGAUUAAAGCAGCAGAUUGGAAUGCAUUUCAGUGUGAAUGUGAACCAAGAUUACAAAGUUUAAACAGUAAUAUAGAUGAUGUAGAGCAAUAUAAUAAUACAAUUUGCGAAAUUCUUUGUGAGGUUGCAGAAGAUGUAAUAGGUAAAAGUAUAGGUAGGCAGAAAAAGAAAAAUGUGCCAUGGUGGACUGAUGAGUGUAGUAAAGUAGUUAAAACAAGAAAUAGGUUAUUAAGGAGAGUUAAAAAGUCAUAUUCUUUUGAUGACUUUAUUGCAUAUAAGAGAGCACAGGCAGCGGUAAGGAAAGUUAUCCGUGUAGCUAAAAGAAAGCAUUGGAGAGAGUAUUGUGAUAGAAUUGGUGAAAAUGUAGACAUCAGCGAUGUAUGGGGAAUGAUCAGAAAAAUGGAGAUGAGUUUUGAGUCUGCAUUUAAAUGUGACUAA